AUGCAGGAUUACUCUACUUUCAAAAAUUUAAAAAUAAAUUUUCCGUCUCAAUUUGUGCUUCAUGUGGAGCUCAAUCGACCCACUAAACUAAACGCUUUUGAUCGAAUGUCCUUGCACGCUUGUUUCAAACAAAUAGCAUUAGAUUCAGACGUUAGAGCUGUCGUAAUAUCAGGAGCUGGCAAAUUAUUCAACGCUGGGAUAGACUGGAUAAAUAAUAAUGCUGAAGAAAAAGAUUUUGCACGUCGUGCUUUAAACACACGAAAGGAAUUGCUUGUAACUCAAGAUUCAAUUUCAUCAGUUGAACAAUGUGACAAACCAGUGAUUGCUGCUAUUCAUAAUGGAUGCAUUGGAGCUGGAGUUGAUUUGAUUACGGCUUGUGAUAUUCGAUAUUGCUCAAAAGACGCCUUUUUUAGUGUCAAGGAAGUCGAUCUCGGUCUUGCAGCUGAUGUUGGCACAUUGCAACGUUUACCUAAAAUUGUUGGUAACAACAGUCUUAUUAGAGAAUUAUGUUUAACAGGGCGAAAUUUUUCAUCAACCGAGGCGCUUAAUAUUGGUCUUGUGAAUAAAGUUCUUAGUACUAAAGAAGAAGCUUUAACGGAAGCAUUAAAAACGGCGAAUAUUAUUGCUAGCAAGUCUCCAAUAGCUAUAUUAAGUACAAAGCAUCUUUUAAAUUUUUCCCGCGAUCAUUCUGUCGCUGAAGGUCUUGCCUACACUGCAGCUUGGAAUGGAGCAAUGCUAAAUAGUAGUGAUUUGAUGGAAGCUGUUGAUGCUACUAUGGGGAGAAGAAAACCAAAGUUCUCUAAGCUAUAA